CAUUGAGUCAAAGAGUGGAGAAGAUAUUUUCAGCAGAAAAAGGUCGAAGAACAAACAUAAUGAACCCAUUCAAAGGUGUUUCUGGCGGACGCAGCAAGCGCAAGUCAAAUUCGGCAAAGGUUGAAGUCAAGCAAGAGCCUGGUGUUAAAGAAGAGCCCAACGACGGUGAUGAUGUCAUGAACAUACUGCGUUCGAGAGUUCAUGGAAGAUAUCGUGCGAAUUACGAAGGACCGAUCGAUUUUGCUGAUGACUUCGAUGAGGUAAAGGAUAGAAUCAAAUGUGAAGAAGAAGAGACGGGCAGAGAAAAAGAAUGGGCACCGUGUGAACGAUUGGAUGACAGCGCCGCCGCCAACGAUGAUGACAACGAAGACCUUGUGGGUGAUGCAAUCGAUGUGCUACAACCGAAACCAGUCGGCUGUGGAAAGAAACGGAAUGGAAGAUCCAACAACAAACGAAACAUUCCCAGGAAUAAAACGGUCGAAAAUCAAAAGAAGCCCAAAUGCCAUGCGUGCAAUCAUUUGGCAAGCGACAAGUCUCACCUCAAUGUACACAUGCGAAUUCACACUGGAGAAAAGCCGUAUCAGUGUGAUGUUUGUUCGAAGUCCUUUACACGGAAAAGUCAUCUGAAGGUGCAUAAGCAAACGCAUGGUCAAUUCCGAUGUUCGAAAUGUUAUCAAAGAUUUGAGCGCGAAUCAGACAAAAUCGAUCACGAAAGGCUAUGUAAUCCCCAGCAAUUCGAAUGCGACACUUGCGGACAUAGAACAAUCAACAAAUCAGAUUUAAAAAGGCAUAUGCGGACUCACACUGGAGAGAAACCGUUCGUGUGCCCAGUUUGUUCCAAAUCUUUUGUGAACAGCUCUCAUCUCCAAAGACAUUCAAUGACUCACAUCGAUGAACUGCCGAAUGCUUGUUCGAAAUGUGGCCGACGAUUCGCCACACCAGACGAUAAGCUAGCACACGAAACGCGCUGCCAACGAGGUCUUUAUGCAUGCAAUCAGUGCCAUUACAGAACUGUUUACAAGACUAAUUAUAAGACACACUUGCAAUCAAAACACGGAGCAAAACGAUCGAUCAAAUGUGGAAUUUGCAGCAAACAGUUCGUCCAACAGAUCAAACUAAAUCAACAUCUAUCAUCAGCACACAGCGACCAAUAUCCAUUCCAAUGCUCCAAGUGCUUCGGAGGAUACGCAAGCGAAGAUGCAAAAAAUGUCCAUGAAGAUAACUGUGGCUAUCGUCAGUUGCAAUGCCAUUUGUGCAAAGAGCAUCGUCGAGACAAACACUUCCUGAAGUAUCACAUGCGAAAAGAUCACAUCGGAGAGCGGAUUCAAUGCGAGGUGUGUGCAGCAAGCUUUACCACAAAAGGUAAUGCCAAUCGACACAUGAAAGUAGUUCACCGUUUGAUGGAAAAAUAAGUCGCACAUUCCAUAGAUUUAAUAAAACGCAGUUGAAUUUGAGAUCAUUUGCUCGUGAUUCAUAAAAUUGAUUGAAUUCAUAGCUUAAUACACUUCAGAGAUUUUAUUUCAAGAAUUUGAAAUCAUAUGCAAACAACAUUUAAUAUUUUUCGCAUUAUAUGAACUUCAUGAUCACCACCUUAGACUUAAGCUACAUUUUUGAUUCAAAUGAAACACAAAUAAAUUGAAAUAGCAACAGAAAAA